CCAGCCGGGAAGCUCUCUGCAUCCCCACUGUCCGUCCAGCCACUCAGCCUGUCCUGGGCUGGCCCGUGGUACGACAGGGAGUGCGGUCCAGACUACCUGGUGGAAGCCCAGCGAGUCAGGACGUGGGAGUGGCGCACGCUGACCAGGACUUGCAGAGCUGUGUGGAGCCGCGAGGGGAGAACUGGUGCCAGGUCUGACCCGCCAGCGCCUACGGGCUCAGCGGCCCCAGCCAGGAGUGGGCAGGAUGUCCCAAGGAGAAGGUGGGAGAAACAAGGAGGCGCUUGAAUACCAGGACGUUACAAUAAACACCGUGGCGAAGGCUUCGGACCUGUACACCCAGCUCGAGAAACUCGGGGCUGGGAAGUUCGGGCUGGUUUACAAGCUGCAGGAGAAGGCCACUGGGAAGAUCCGGGCAGGGAAAUACUUCCGGACGCGGACACCCAAGGAGCGGGAGGCAGCCUGCAGGGAGGUGGAGCUGAUGAACCUGCUGCAUCACCCCAGGCUGGUGCAGUGCCUUGCGGCCUUCCAGAGCCGGGCGGAGCUGGUGAUGGUGAUGGAAUACGUCGCGGGCGGGGAGCUCUUUGAGAGGAUUGUGGAUGACGACUUCGAGCACACGGAGCCCACCAGCAUUCAGUACAUGAGGCAGAUCCUGGAGGGGAUCCAGUACGUCCAUCGCCAGAGCAUCGUCCACCUGGACCUCAAACCCGAGAACAUCAUCUGCGUCAGCACGAGCAGCCACUGGGUCAAAAUCAUCGACUUCGGCCUGGCACGGAGACUGGAUCCAAAGAGCCCCGUGAAGGUGAUGCACGGCACCCCGGAGUUCAUGGCCCCGGAAGUGAUCGCCUUUGAGCCGGUGGGAUUCACCACGGACAUGUGGAGCAUCGGUGUGAUCUGCUACAUCCUGCUGAGUGGGGACUCCCCCUUCCAGGGGAACAGUGACAUGGAGACGCUGCACAACAUCAUGGCUGCCCAGUGGGAGUUUGACGAGGAGACCUUCUCAGAGAUCUCCCAGGAGGCCAAGGACUUCAUCAGCCAGCUACUGCAGAAAGACAGCCGCUGCCGGCUGCCCAGCGACCAGGCCCUCGCGCACCCCUGGCUGCAGAAGACUGAGCCGAGCGAGACGAAGGUUCUGUCCAAGGAGAGGAUGAGGCGAUUCCUGGCCCGCCAGAAGUGGCAGAAAACAGGCAACGCCGUGGUGGCCCUGCGGAGAAUGUCCCGGCUGGCCCACAAGCUGGAUGAUGCGGUGACCACCCCCAGUGCCCAGGAGAAGGGAGAGCUGGGCCACAGCCAGGAAGAGGAUCAGAUCUUCACCUUCCUGCCUCAGCAGAUCGAGCAGGGGCCCAGCUUGGAGCCGCUGAAGGACCAAGUGGCAGUGGAAGGCAGCCGUACCUGCCUCCAGUGUCACAUUGAAGGUUUUCCCCACCCGGAGGUGACAUGGCUCUGGAACGAUGCCCCUAUCCAGGAACAUCCUCGGCUCCCCAUAGACGAGGAGGAGAAUGGAAGCUGCUCCCUCGCCAUUGCGAGGCUCUCGGUGGAGGACACGGGGCAGUACGUGUGCAGGGCCACCAGUGCCGUAGGGGAGGCGGAAUGCAGUGCCAGGCUGAUGGUACAGAGAGGCAGCAACACGCAGACGCCAAAUGCAGAGGAGGGCCCUGGAACUGACCAGCCGUGAGAGCCGCAGGCCAUGGGCUCUCUGCCCGGCAUUGGCGGCAUGGCCUGCAGGAGGCGCUCUGCUUCCAGUCCGGCUCUUUCCCUCAUCCGUCGUUAUUUUUAACUCCAUCGCUGGGCUCCGGGAGUGAACCUUGCUGCGCUCUGCUUCCCACUGUGCCGGGACGUGGCAGGCAGCCACAGAGUGGGCAAGAAGGGCCCAAUCCUGCAGGCCCCAAACAGGCAAAUCCCCAGUCAAUCCAUUUCCCAGUGCAGGGAGUCUGGCCUGUGAGGAUCGAGCCCGAAGUGCCUAGACCAGCCUCUCUGCUUCCACCUCCCCUCUGCCAGGCUGGGCCCUCGUGGCCCAGCCACAGGGCAGCACAGGGCGGGAGGGUGGAUUUCCCUUAACUCUGCAACCUCUCUGAGCCAGGGGCAAGGCUGGUCCCACUGCCCCACCGAACAUGGGGCAAAGUACAAAGCCAAGGAGCAGGUUGCUCCCGCCCCCCCAAUGGUGGUAACAAACUCAGCUGUAAAUCUCAUUAAAUCCCAAUAUCCUGGCUUCAGCCAGCGUA